UAAAACAUAUGAAGCCAUUGAAAUUGGGCCACUAGGCCAUAAUGUGUUUUGUUUUAUGUUCUAUGAUUUUGAAAUAUUUUUCCGCUACCUGAAAAACGUGAAUAUUAUACUAAGCAUGUUUUGCUUAUAAUAUCAUUUAAACAUAAAACAUUCGUUGGGGUAUAAAUUAAAAUAUGGAUGACAUUAAAGAGUCGGACCUGACAAAAGACCAAAUAAAUGAAAACCAAGGCGUACUGGACGUCACAUAUCCUCUUGAGGUAAAGUACUGCGGACAUUGCUCCAUGCCCAUCGAGUACUGUGAAUUCUAUACGGAGUAUGACAAGUGCAAAGAUUGGCUGGCCAUAAACUAUCCCGAAGACUAUCAGAAACGCAUGUUAAGUGAUGAAAAUGCAGCUGCUUGUGGUAUGGAUUCCGAAAAAAAGCGCCAGAAACGGGGUGGAAAGGGUAUGCUACGUGUGAAAAAGGACAGCGACGACGAUGAUGUACCAAAACGCAUUCGACUCUCCUGCACCACGCGCGGCAAGAACAAGCGAGUAACCCUAGUGAGUGGGAUGGCUGCAUUCAAGAUCGAUUUGCGAGCGGCAGCAAAAUUUUUUGGUACCAAAUUUGCGUGCGGCUCAUCAGUGAGCGGCGACAAAGAUAUUGUCAUCCAGGGCGAUGUGAAGGAUGAAUUAUUUAAGGUUAUACCCGAUAGGUGGCAAGAGGUGCCAAGGGUUGCCAUCGAGGACUGUGGGGAGACCAAAAAGUGACUGCAAAAACAACAGAAAGAAAAAUAAAAUAAAAGACUAUGGAACGUCCAGUAAAUAAAGACAGCAGCAUCAUAAAGGA